CGCCCCAGCGGCAAAGCGAUGGCGGCGCCCAGCGCCGUGUGGCUCGGCGGGGACUCGGUGGAGUGGGUGCUGUGUCCCUACGACGCCCAUCACCGCGUCCCCCGCGCGUCGCUGGAGAGGCACGCGGCGUCCUGCCGGCUCCGCAAGAUGGGAUACUCCGCCGAGGAGGAGGCCGAGAUGUACGACUCCAGCUUUUUCUACGAAAAGGCGAAGGUUCCCACCAUCGCCAUGGAUAAAGAUCUACAGUUUCACAUUGUUAAGCAGGCUAGAGCUCAAAGCACCAAGGAAGGCACAGGCUUCAGUGAAGGAUCUUACUCAUUGCUGCCUGUAGAAGUUCCUCAAAAUCACAAGCGGUUCAUCUGUGACCUCACUCAAGCUGACCGCCUUGCUCUUUAUGAUUAUGUUGUUGAGGAGACAAAGAAACAGAGAUCUAGAUCCCAAAUAAUGGAAAAUGAUAGUGAUCUCUUUGUGGAUUUAGCAGCGAAAAUCACCCAAGAUGAUAGUCAGAAAGGUCCCAAAUCCCAUCUUGAAAUUCUGGCUGAAAUGCGAGAUUACAAAAGGCGGCGGCAGUCAUACAGGGCUAAGAAUGUUCAUAUAACAAAGAAGUCUUACACUGAGGUGAUUCGGGAUGUGAUUGGUGUGCAUAUGGAAGAACUCAGCAAUCAGUGGCAGGAGGAGAACAGGUUGGAUAAUGCAGAGAUAUGUGAAGGAGGGAAGUCGAAAUCUUCAAGAAGAAGGGAAGACAGGCGAUCAGCUUCAGUGGACUCUCAGCAGUCUGGGGAAAGCAGUAAGGAUACUGAAUGCACAAGACACAGGAGAGACACCAGCAGGAGUCCAAGUAAACGAAGAAGGAGUCACGAAAGAGGCAAAGACAGAGACUCUCGGAGAAAAAGAGAGAGGGAUGAAGACAAGUAUCACAGGCAUAAACGAAGAAAGUAGAAGCAAUAACCUGAUUAUUUUGUUUGCCAGCUGUUCAAAAAAUUACUUGCAUAAGAACUGUUGCUACGGCCGUUGUGCUGAGGACAGUAAUGCUGUGCACAUGAUGCUGAUAUUGCAUCAUGGCUGUGCUUUGAGACAAAGAAGUGUUAAGGUUUGCCAGAAUGGAAGCAGUAUAUAGCAGAAAAUGUGUAAAUCUGUAACAUUCAUGCAUCUUUUAAUAAAUUAUAUUGACAUUUCAUGUA